CAGGAAGUGGCCUCUCAUCUAAUCACUAGUUAGCGUCUAGAGCUAGUGUAAGUUAAAGAUAGCGUCAACACGAUGCUUAACGACAAUGAACUUGUUACGUUGCGGAACAGAUUUAAGAGAGAUGCGGAGUUUCUUAUGCAAACAACAACAAAUGGCGACGAAGACGAAAAGAGUCAGGAGGAAAAAGAUGCUAAACCUCUUCCUCGCAUUAACAGACACUCCGUUUUCUGGAUCAUGGCAUCUAUAGGUGUGACCUACUACGUUGAUUUCCUCCGUAACAUCAUGGAGAACGACGAUAUCAAAAGUUGGUGGUUCAAUGUGGGUCUGAUACUCCUUGGGAUCUGCCUGUCUCUGGCCAUGUUUUGCAUUGUGUACCUGGAGUGGUUCAAAGGCAUCCGGCACUACGACCAAGAAUAUCCUGCCAUUCCUCCCAUCACCACUGCAGCAUUUAUUGCAGCAUCUUGCAGCUUCAACAUGGCUCUGUGGCCUGUGUGGUCCUUUUUCACUCCACUCAUCCUCUUCACACAGUUCAUGGGUGUGGUCAUGCUCAUCUCUUUGCUUGGAUAAAUGUGAUGGCUGAGGAUGUUUUUUUUUUUUAUAUAAGCUCUGUAAUUUUAGAUUUUCACAAAAUGUCCUUUUUUUUUAUGGAAUGAAUAACGUUUUAUUUGGCCUUAAAUUGUGAACAUUUUUUAUGGAGUGAAACCUUGUGUCAUUAAAACAUGUCAUUAGAAAUUUAUUAAUACAGUGCUUCAUACUUAAAUAAUUUGGAUUUUACAUCAUCUUGUUAACAGUUUGGAGUUCUCUCUUAAUAAUUUUCCUCCAUUAUUUGCACAUAUUUUUUUUUAAAAAAAGGUUAAUAUUUACAACUGCAUCAUCAAACUUAAACGCCCUGGUAUCAAUAUAGAAAACAUACCUUCCAAAAACCUUAGACACUCCAACACCAAAAUCAAACAUACACACUAACCAUUAUGGCAUUGGCAUUAUGACAUUAUAACCAUUUGUCCACUCACACCGCUCUCCAUUUUCAAACAUAUCUAGCAACACAUUCACAGAAACAGCCCCCAACACUCCCACUGCUCUCAUUAACAUGGCUGUCAGCUUUUUUUUUUUAGCAAAAAACUCCAAAGGAAGCAUAUGUUAACCAUGCAGCGGACAAAGCUAGCAAACAGCUUGAACAAUGCGGAGCACUCAACUCGUGAGCCAGAUGAUUCCUUUAAAGGGACAGUUCACCCCCAAAUCAAAAAUACAUAUUUUUUCAGAGAUGUCUGCCUUCUCUUAAAUAUAAUGGAACUAGAUUGCACUCUCAACACAACACAA